UAUCAAUUUACCAAUAUAGUACACAUUUUGCAGUGCAGAGUGCUUGUUUGGUGCUUAGAAACUACUGCUCAAUGAUUUAUAAUGCCGCAUUGUUGUUAACCCAUAAGUGCCCAUCGUAUGAUAUAUCAUACGCAAAUCACAUGUUGUUUUGAGGUACCGUGUACGGGAUCGUUUUGAUUGUUUGCUGUGUUUGGUGUUUGGACAACAUUAUCUACAUAAAGUACAAUAGGUAAAAAUUAAUAUCGCAUAUUUUUUGAUAAAACUGUCUAUCACAUUGAUCUAUAAAUUUUUAGAUACCGAUUUCUUAGCCGAAGAUGAGUAAACGACUUUAUAAUCCUGCAAAUCAGAGAGACGCAGAAGAGUUAUUAGCUGUUUUAAAUGACUUGGAUUCAGAUGAUGAGUAUUACGAAGACUUCGAUAAUGCUGACCAGUUAGAUUUUGUGCUACUUCCUCCCGUGGAUGGUGAGGACAGCGAUCAAGAUGAUGGGCCUAGUGAUGAUGAACUUCCGCCGCUUAUUACUGAUUUAGGAAGAGGAUUGUUAGCGCAAGCUAUGGAAAUUAUUGCAGUGAAUAGGAAUGAAGGGAAAAGUAAACUGUUUAUUGAAGAACAAAAUACGGUACAAAGUGAUAGCGACAGUGAUUUAGAGACGUUAGCAGAAAAGCAGAAAAGGCUGAAAUCCCAGAGUAUAAAGACAAACGAUAAAAAAAAGAAGAAAACAAGGCAAUGGAAAGAUGUAACCCUUGUAGAAAGAAAGGAAAAGAUUUGUGAGUUUGAGAAGAAUCAUCCUCUAAUUGUCCAAGAAGGUGUAGAUAAGAAAUGGGCACCAAUAGAUUUUUUCAAAAGGUUUUUCUCUGAUGGAAUAAUUGACUAUAUUUGUCAAGAAACAACACGCUAUGCUUACCAAAAGGGUUUUCAUGACUUUUCUGUUACACGAGAAGAUAUUUACAAGUAUUUAGCGAUAAUACUAUUAUCAGGGUACAGUCCUGUUCCAUCAAGGCGUAAUUACUGGGAAACUCGUCCAGACACACAUAAAUACCUAGUAAGCAAUAGUAUGUCUAGGAAUAGAUUUGAAACUAUUCAUCGAUUUAUACACUUCAAUAACAACUUAGAAAUUGACAAAGAGGAUCGUAUUUAUAAAGUAAGGCCAUUGUUUGAUCACAUGAAUAAAAUUUCUUCAGAACUUAUCCGCCCAUUAGGAAAAUAUUUUUCAGUAGACGAAGCCAUGGAACCAUAUUAUGGUAGGCAUGGUAUGAAACAAUACAUCCGUGGCAAACCAAUCAGAUACGGUUUUAAACUUUGGUGUCUUACAACAUUCGAUGGGUAUCUUAUAAAAUGUUCUGUUUAUACUGGAACUGGAGAUAAAUGUGAAGGAAAGUCUUUAGGAUCCUCGGUAACCGAAAACUUAUGUUUAAAUUUUUUAAACGAUGGCAGUAUUAUUUUUAUUGAUAACUUCUUCACUUCUCUGCCAUUACUACAAACGUUAUCAGAGCAUGGAAUGUUCGCGGUCGGUACUAUCAGGUCUGACAGGGUGGAAAAAGCACCUCUUAAGGAUUUGAAAAAACAUAAGCGUGGUUCUCAUCAUAGUCUAAAAGAUGUCACGUCCAAAAUCACAUUGACACGUUGGCAUGAUAAUAGUCAAGUAACUGUGGCCACAAAUUUAGACAAUGAAACAUUAUGUGAAACAAAAAGUUCCUGUAAACGUUGGUCGAGAAAGGAGAAAGGCUCUGUGAAUAUUGACCAGCCAACUGUCAUCAAUUACUAUAAUAAAGGAAUGGGCGGAGUUGAUCGUUUCGAUCAAAUGCGAGGAGUUCACCGAUCAAAAAUAAGGUCAAAGAAAUGGUACUGGCCACUAUUUCGUUUCCUGUUAGAUGGUAUGACUGUAAACGCCUGGUACCUUUAUCGCUUUGCAAACAGUAAAGAUAAUAUAACACUGUUUGAAUUUCGAAGGAGGGUAGUAUUAGCAAUCCUUACAGCUUCUCCAUCGUUAAAUAAUACUGGACCAAGGCNCGAUAGGAAGGUUUAUAUGGAACCAAAUAUUUUGGAAGUCGUGGACGGCAAAUGUGCUGCUGCUCAGAACCACUAA